CCUCCCCUGCUAGCCUGGAGCCGGAGGAUGUGACGGCGGCACAUGGGGCCAUGAAGGGGCUGGUGCAGGACUGCGUGAAGGCGCUGCGGCUGCCCAGCCUGCUGGGGGGCGGCUCGCGGCAGUUCCGCGCCUUCGCCUGCGAGCUGCUGCCGCACGCGGAGUCGGCGCUGAUCUACUACGACAUGCUGCUGGCGGACUGCGCGGAGGCGGCUGCGGCGCGUCAUCAGGCCCGUCUAGCCGCUGCUGGGGAGGGGGCGGUUGCGGGGGCGGGUGCUGGGAGCGAGGAGCCGGCAGCUGCUUGGGCGCUGGUGGCGGUGGAAGGCUGAGCGGUCCUGUAGAGGCACUUGAUGCGGUGCUGAUGGCAUUGCGGGUGUGUCAAACGGGGCGGAAGGCUUGCAUGGUGCGGUGGCGGCAGCAGCUGUCAGGUGGCGGCGCGGCACACCGAUCAUUCCCAUCACUUUGGCAGGCGGGGCGGUAAGAAACCUACUGGCCGUGAGUCGGAACGUACAGGCGGUGUGGUGUGCAUGUAUACCCGGGGGGGGGGAGAAGGCAGUUUGCUGCUGUCAAAGCCAGAGGAGGCCUGCGGUGAAGGGCAGUGGCAGUGGCAGCGCUAGCGGGGCGAUGCAGUGCGGCAGGUGGGGGGCAGAGAGCAGCGUGGGGCGGCAGGGUGUGGCUCGGUAUCAUGGGCUGUGUACGGCUUGGGUACCAACGGGGGGGGUCAUAGCAGCGAGUGUGUGUUUGUGUGUCAACGGUGUGUUUUGAGGGCCGAGCGGCAUGUGAGUGCGUCAUGCAGCGUUAUGUGUAGUGUGUGCAGUGUUUUGCAGGACAUGUGACGAAUGUUAUGAGCUAUACGUGUGCAGGGCGGCAGAAGGUUCAGUGUGACCUCUUAAGCAACGUGCUUUGAGCAACGUGCCAGCACUUUUAAGGUGACGGUCCUUAUGACCCAUUGGUUAGGCUUGUUCCGGGUGCAUGUUCCUUGGGUCGCCGCUUGCAGCAGUGACCAGUGCCAGUGUGCGUUGCCGAAGAAAGGAGUGCAGGGAACUAAGGAUGCGGUCGUCGUUAUGCGUGUGCGGAGUCUUGCUUGCAUGCUGCCCAUGUACUUUCAAUACUGAUGCGGUGGUAGAAUUGUGAGUGGCGAUGGCGGGCCGUCAAAUGUUGUUCGCCAUAUCGUUUGCUGCGAUAAGCGCCGCUUUUGCAAACUUUAAGAGUAACACUUGAUUGGGUUGGUGUUACGUGUUCGGCCAG